GUUUUUAGUCUGCUGCCUGAUCUUCGACGCGCUGCAGCUGUUUUGGAGUCGCCGCGAGUGCCAUAUCUGCUUUGACCGCGAAAAUUUCUGGGCUAAAAACAGAGAUAUCUAUAUAUAUAUAUAUCCCGCACUUAUUAGCCAAUUGUGAGUGCAACAAGCUGUGAGUGAUGGUGGAGACGGCAACGACAACUACCAUAACCCGCACCACAACGGCCGUUCCGGCUGGUGCAGUAACGGUAACUGGACCCACUGCCUCGGCCACGCCCACCGCGACACAGGCGGCCGCGCAGGCGCAUCGCAACGAUGAGACCACCCGGGCCAUCUUCAAUCUGAAAGUGAUCAUCUUUCUGCUCCUGCUGCCACUGGUCUUGCUGGCCGUCUUCCUCAAGCACCUGUUGGAUUACCUAUUCGCGCUGGGAUUGAAGGAGAAGGAUGUCAGUGGCAAGGUGGCACUGGUGACCGGCGGAGGCAGUGGCCUGGGUCGCGAGAUCUGUUUGGAGCUGGCCCGACGUGGCUGCAAGCUGGCCGUCGUGGAUGUCAACUCCAAGGGAUGCUACGAAACAGUGGAAUUGCUCUCUAAGAUACCACGCUGCGUUGCCAAGGCCUACAAGAACGACGUGUCAUCGCCGCGCGAACUGCAACUGAUGGCCGCCAAGGUGGAGAAGGAACUGGGUCCCGUGGAUAUUCUGGUUAACAAUGCCUCCCUCAUGCCCAUGACUUCAACACCCAGCCUGAAGAGCGACGAAAUCGACACCAUACUGCAGCUCAACUUGGGCUCCUACAUAAUGACCACCAAGGAGUUCCUGCCGAAGAUGAUUACGCGCAAAUCCGGUCACCUGGUCGCAGUAAAUGCCUUGGCAGGUCUGGUUCCGCUGCCAGGAGCGGGCAUCUACACGGCCACCAAGUACGGAAUCGAGGGCUUCAUGGAGUCGCUGCGGGCUGAGCUGCGAUUGUCCGACUGUGACUACGUUCGCACCACGGUGGCGAAUGCCUACCUGAUGAGGACCAGCGGCGAUCUUCCACUGCUCAGUGAUGCGGGCAUUGCAAAGAGCUAUCCGGGACUGCCCACACCAUAUGUGGCCGAGAAGAUUGUCAAGGGCGUGCUGCUGAACGAGCGCAUGGUGUACGUGCCAAAAAUAUUCGCACUUAGUGUGUGGCUGCUCAGACUGUUGCCCACCAAGUGGCAGGAUUACAUGCUGCUCCGCUUCUAUCACUUCGAUGUGCGCAGCUCCCACCUGUUUUACUGGAAAUAGGGGAAAGAGAAACACAACCAUACAGAAGCAUUUACGCGGAGUACUCCUGUUUGUUUCCCAAUUGCAGUUCUUAAUUCAACUGUUGCUUACGCUAGGUGUACAUGUUUAGCUAAUAGCUAUUUAUACGAAUCUUUAACUUAAAUUAAAUCUAUAUCCUAACAU